AGCUUUGAUGUGUUAAACCGUGUUGGUCACUUCUCAGAGACCGAAGAGGCAAAGACAACGUUCGUAUCCGUCUCUCUCUCUCUCUCUCUCUUUCUCUCUCACACACACUCCAUUUUUAGGGCUUUCUCUCGCUUCCCGAUCUUCUUCAUCUUCAUCUCCUUCCAAGCUCUUUGGGUUUUCAGAGCUGAGCAUGGAAUCAGCAACAGCAACUGUUAUCCAAUCUCAAUUCGGAUCCUUUAGGCCUGCGAAUUCAGUUUCCAGAUCCGGUAUAUUGACGGCCAAUGGACCCGAUUUUGUGCGCUUCGGUACUAAAUUCCGCUUCUCAACGAAGCACCAUACUUCUAUUUCUCAACCAAAGCUAGGGCACAGGAGACUGGGUUUUGGAAGUCGGAGAUUCCCUGUUGUUAGAGCAUCGGCAUCGUCUUCUGACUCGGAAGGGUCUGUUGCCUCCAUCGCUCCAUUGCAGUUGGAGUCGCCGAUUGGGCAGUUUUUGUCUGAAUACUUGGUAUACCAUCCCCAUCUUGUGCCUGCUGCAGUUGAGCAGCUGCUUCAACAACUUCAAACUGAUCGUGAUGCUGACAAGAACGAGGAACCUUCUGCUUCAGGAACAGACUUAGUUUUGUACAGGAGAAUUGCUGAGGUUAAGGCAAAUGAUAGGAGGAAGGCUUUGGAAGAGAUAUUGUAUACUUUGGUUGUGCAGAAGUUCCUGGAUGCUAAUGUUGAUCUGGUACCAGCCAUUCCCCCCUCUUCUUCAGAUUCUGGCCCUGUUGACUCGUGGCCUUGUCAAGAUGACAAGCUUGAGCAGCUUCACUCUCCUGAAGCCUAUGAGAUGAUCCAGAACCACCUGGCUCUCAUCUUGGGAAACCGUUUGGUAGACUCGAACUCUCUAGCACAGAUAAGUAAACUUAGAGUUGGGCAGGUUUAUGCAGCAUCUGUGAUGUAUGGGUACUUCCUCAAGCGAGUUGACCAGAGGUUUCAGCUUGAGAAGACAAUAAAGAUCCUUCCAAAUGUAUCUGAUGUAGAAGAAAACAAUUUCCAAACUGUGGGGGAAGAAAUCAAACCCGGUGGUGCAGAUGUAUAUUCUCAAGCUGCAUCUUCCCAUCCUGAAGUUUCUUCCUUUGAAGCUGGGGGCAUCAGUCCUGGGGGUUUUGGUGGUGGGAUGAAGCCUUCUCGUCUGCGGAGCUAUGUGAUGUCUUUUGAUGGGGAGACCCUUCAAAGAUAUGCAACAAUAAGAUCCAAAGAGGCUGUUAGUAUCAUUGAGAAGCACACUGAGGCAUUGUUUGGAAAACCUGAGAUUGUUAUGACACCAAUGGGAACUGUUGAUUCUUCCAAGGAUGAGCUCAUCAAGAUUAGCUUUGGUGGUUUGAAGAGGCUCGUUUUGGAAGCUGUUACUUUUGGUUCUUUUCUUUGGGAUGUGGAGAGCUAUGUGGAUUCCAGGUACCAUUUUGUGAUGAAUUGAGUCAAUAGUCUCUUCUAUUGUAUCUCUGUCAUAGCAAAACCUGGGAAGGGAGGGGGAAGGGAGAGAGGCAAGGCUGACUAAUUUCCUUGAGAUAACUGAGUGUACAUUUGGUGAAAUAGAACUAGUAAUUUGGUGCUAAUUGUCUGUAUAUAAGAGCUUCUUUCUUAAAUUAAAACGUAUUAAACAUAUUUAAAUUUUUUAUUUUUAUUUUUCUUGGUGUGAAAUUAUGCAUGUGUAUGAACCUCUCAUAUUAGAGUUUCAUUUUUUGUUUUUUCAAUUUGGACACUGCUUCACAAUAUCUAAUGUAUAUUUUUUAGGUUUC